AUGGGAAAAUGACAAGGCGGUAACAUUGUGUACUUUGUUAGUUGUCUCUUUAUGAAAUUCGGUCCCUUGACAUGCAUUACUUUACGUGGCGGUUUUGACACAUUCAAAAUGGCUGCUGUUCUUACGUAUUCCAGAAAUUGGUCGUUCUGCUCAAUGUGGGUCUGUUUGCAAUAACGCGGAUGGACAGUGUUACGCUCACCCUGAAGCAACGGGCCUCAUGAUUGGUCAGAAGACGCGAUUAGCUAGUGGGACCUCACUCGCCACAAGCUACUAUUUUUUGAGACAACAACGACGGUGACAAUGUUCUUUCGGUGAUCAUAGAAGACGAGAAUCACCGCAACCGACCACCAUUUCGGCGCCUUUUGUAUCACGUGAAUCGAAAGUAUGGAGCAGUCUGCCCCGAAAAGUAAGCUGAAAAAGCUGAGUGAAGACAGCUUGACCAAGCAACCAGAGGAAGUAUUUGAUGUCCUGGAAAAACUUGGUGAAGGUUCUUAUGGCAGCGUAUUCAAGGCCAUCCACAAGGAGUCUGGGCAGGUCGUGGCCAUCAAGCAGGUUCCCGUGGAGUCGGAUCUGCAAGAGAUUAUCAAGGAGAUUUCCAUCAUGCAGCAGUGUGACAGUCCCUACGUCGUGAAGUACUAUGGCAGCUACUUCAAGAACACAGACCUCUGGAUCGUCAUGGAGUACUGCGGUGCGGGCUCCGUCUCUGACAUAAUCAGGCUGCGCAACAAAACGCUGACAGAGGAUGAGAUCGCCACUAUCUUAAAGUCAACACUCAAGGGUCUGGAGUACCUUCACUUCAUGAGGAAGAUUCACCGAGACAUCAAGGCCGGCAACAUUCUACUCAACACGGAGGGACACGCCAAGCUGGCCGACUUUGGGGUGGCAGGACAGUUAACGGACACCAUGGCAAAGAGGAACACUGUGAUCGGAACGCCUUUCUGGAUGGCCCCAGAAGUUAUCCAGGAGAUUGGCUACAACUGCGUGGCCGACAUCUGGUCGCUGGGCAUCACGUCCAUCGAGAUGGCCGAGGGCAAGCCCCCCUACGCUGACAUCCACCCCAUGAGGGCCAUCUUCAUGAUCCCCACCAACCCCCCGCCGACCUUCCGGAAACCCGAGCUGUGGUCUGACGACUUCACAGACUAUGUCAAGAAGUGUCUGGUGAAGAAUCCGGAGCAGAGAGCCACGGCCACUCAGCUCCUACAGCAUCCGUUCAUCAGCCAGGCCAAGCCGGUCUCCAUCCUGAGGGACCUGAUCACAGAAGCCAUGGAGAUGAAGGCCAAGAGGCAACAGGAGCAGCAAAGGGAGCUCGAAGAAGACGACGACAACUCUGAGGAGGAGACAGAGGUGGACUCCCGCACCAUGGUGAAGUCCGGCUCGGAGGGCGCGGGCACCAUGCGCGCCACGGGCACCAUGAGCGACGGGGCGCAGACGAUGAUCGAGCACGGCAACACCAUGCUGGAAUCCGACCUGGGCACCAUGGUCAUCAACAGCGACGACGAGGAGGAAGAAGAGGAGCCGGGAUCGAUGAGGCGGCACGCCACCCCGCAGCAGCCCAUGCGUCCGUCCUUCAUGGACUACUUUGACAAGCAGGACUCCAACAAGGCGGCCCAGCACCAUCACCAGCAUCAACGUCAGCAGGAGAACUACAACCACAACCAGCCUCAGGAACAGCCAGGCUACCACAUCCAGUCCAAGAACAUCUUCCCGGAUAACUGGAAAGUGCCCCAGGACGGGGACUUUGAUUUUUUAAAGAAUCUGGACUUUGAGGAACUUCAGAUGCGCCUGAGCGCCCUGGACCCCAUGAUGGAGCGCGAGAUUGAGGAGCUACGGCAGCGCUACACAGCCAAGCGCCAGCCCAUCCUCGACGCCAUGGACGCCAAGAAACGAAGGCAGCAGAACUUUUAAGCCUGGUGACACACACACACACACACACACACACGCACAGUCUUUAGUGUCACUAUGAGAUGUCAUAGUUGGGGGAGGAAGCAACAUUCAUGACCAAAGACAAUCAGAAAUGGUAUUGCCUUAAAUGAGGGAUGGGGUGGAGCUGGGAAGCAGGCUUUUUCCUCUACUUUGAAAAAAGUCUGCCUAAAUUGAUGACGGCCACACAUUACAGUACUUGUUUUAUGAUCAAUUCAUUGUUAUGUAUUAUUAUCAUUAUUUCAAGAUAAUCUUCGGUCUUAGUGCCUCUGAAAAGUUGAGUAACACAAGCUGGGCUUACAUGGCGACAUCACAAGAGGUCGUGUGUCGGAGAAAAUGGUUGCUUCCAAUCUUACUGUAGAACUGGCGAAUGAAACAAAAGCAAAUUAAAUAUUGUUAUAUUUAAGCACCAAAUGAUUCAUCCAAACCCAUAUCAUUUCAAAGACAUUAAUACAUUAGUUUGAUGCAAACAAACGCCCAAAAUGGGCAAUUGGAAAACUCGCAUUGAUUGUCAAUGGAACAUUCACAGAAAUUAGCAUCAGUGUUACAGUCAUUGUGACCCUUAACGAAACGGCUACUUUAGCACGUGGGGCACAACAAAUGCAACAAUGUGUGUUGAAACACAAACAUAUGAAGCAGAGUUGCGCGCGCACGCUCUCGAAAACAAAGGUUGACUAACCUAACGCUAACAUCCAAUGCGUUCCAUCCAUCAAUCCAUCAACACUACAGGGCAGGAAAGUCAGCUGAUGAUGACUUUGUUCCAUGUGAUUUGAUUCGAUUGGGCCGGGGGGGGGGGGGGGGGGUUGUUUGUUUGUUUUUUUACAAGCUUCUUGGAAUAGAACAGUGUGAAACAUGUCAUGGUUCCACGUGAAUGUUAACAAAUACACUUGAGAGACCUGUUACACUAUUUAAAUAACUACCACAGACGACAUUCGUAAAACUUGUGUCCAGACUUUUUAGGGGUGCGUGUUGAAGGGUUUUUCUGGACCAGCUGUGACCCUUUUUUAUUUAUAUAUUGUUUUACACCGUUUGUUUCAUGGCACUGGUUUAAAUCUAGAAGCUAAUCGGGCUGUUUAUAUUUGGAGCCUUUUUGUUUUUGUGAUUGAAAGGACAGGUUGACAAAAAGUGUACAGGACCGUGUGAGAAAAGCAGCUAGUAUAUUAUCAUGUAUUGUUUAUGAUCUAAAAUCACUUUUUCUUUUCUGACUUCAUUUCACCACUAAAUUAGGAUGAUACAGAUCUUUGUCUGAAACGGUUAAUUUAUUACUUUUUUUGGUGAUAUUUUUUUUUAUAAUGUGCACGGUAUAAUAAAAGUUACUUUUAGUUAAUCACAA